AUGGCCUUUCAAGCACUCCCACUCUCCAUCAACCCAUUGCCAGGAUAUGCAGAGACGAGCGAGCAUCCGGGCAUCAGUAUCAUCCUCAGUCCGACCAGUGCGACGUCGCCCAUCAUCCACUUUGAAUCCCAAACAGACAGUCUUCAACAGCGUCUCGUCAAGGCACUCCCAGAUCCCCUCCUCCUUCCGCCUGUAAACACCGGCGCUGAUAUUUCCAACUUUGACGACGAUGGGUCCACCGAUGACGGAAGUGUCUUUCUCUCCGACGCUCCCAACACCACACACAUCACGGGAAGUGAAGGCAUGCCACCAACUUCGUAUUUCCGCAUGCCAAUCGCAUGCCCAGUCCUGCCCACGAUGCCAUCCGCAGCCGUUGGAACGCAGGGUUUGACGAAUGUAGUGGACAUUGCUGAAGCCGCUCUCACCAGUCCAUCCGCAUUGCACCCUAUUCCGGAAGAAGUGAAUGCAGCUUCUCAAUGCUUUAGCUGUCAGCACGCCAUCUCGCCCAUCAAUGUGCGAGUGAUCAAGGCGGAUUGUGGUCAUCUGUACGAGGUCGAAUGCUUCGAACGAGUGCUCACAGUUUCAUUGCGGGAUGCCCAUCUCCCCACUUGCUGCAACCAACCCAUCUCAGCACGCCGAUUCCUUCAUCUCAUUUCUACCCAGCUAAAGGCACUCUAUAAAGAAAAGGAGGUCGAGAUGAUGGUCGAUCCAGCUGAACGGCUCUACUGUCCGUACAUUGGCUGUGGAGUCUUUGUAGGCGCUGUAGAAGAGGACGAAGAUGAAGAACUUGCGACAGUCUUGUGCCCAAAAUGCACACGUGCAAUCUGCAAACGCUGUCGCUUGGAAGCGCAUGACGCACCUCACACAGAGUUGCAGGGUCCCCCAUCUCCGAUCAAGUUUGGCGCGUACCAACAACCUCAGUAUCUUCGUUUCCAGAGCCGCUCUCUAUCUCGUCCUGCACGCGGUUCGGGCCGUUCAACCUCGUCCGUACGCGGUAACACGGAUCCAGAGAGGUUUGAACGGGCACGAGGCGUACAACGAAGGAAUCGUUCUUGCGAAUGUGCUGAUGACGACGGAGAAGUGACAGAUAUUACAUGCGAAGAUGACCUUACCGAAGCUAUCCAAUACUUUCACCUCGGAGACGACCUUGGACCAGCCUCGUCUGGCGCCUCUACGUAUUCCGGACGCAGUAGUAGCAGUGGAGCCUCUAGUAGAAAGAUUACAUUACGUGUCGAUGUGCAGGUCGAUUAUGACGGCCCCAGCCUCUCCGACACGGCAAGCUUAUCCAGCUUGGAAGAGUAUAGGGAUCGUCGUCGCGCAGAUGACGUUCUAUCUUUAUCUUCCGGAAGUAAUGGUCAGGAUCUACGAGGCUACGGACGCGAGUUGGGACAGAUAGAAGAGGACGUGGCUACCAUCGCGUCGAGACCGACCAUUGCAGCUCCAUCGCUCAGCUCCAGAUCAAAUGGCAUUAAUAAUGGGAGAUCAAUGUCGGGAUCAACAAACACUGAAUCAUUCUCCCUACUUCACCCUUCCAAGGCCGCAUCUCAGCAGACACUGAUACCGCCGGAUCAGAUGGUCGCCUCGGGUUCAUCUCCAGCAGGCAAGGCUCCGACUCUGGACACUCAGGACGUCUUUACGCGUCUUAAAGCUGCGGAAAGUGCAGUAGGCAUCGCAGGAGCUGGCGUCGAUUCGAUGGCUGUUGCUGCAGGUGGAAAGACGCCCAUUAAAGCGAGUGGGGGUGGGAUGGCACAGUGGCUAAAGGAUCAGAGCGUCAAUAUGAUGCAGUCAGUUCUUGGGGUUGUGCCAACGCCUCCUUCGACCAAAUCCGAAUCCGUUGUCAAUGGAUUGGACGAUCAAGCCAGCAUUUCCCUCUCUUCGACUCACCCAGGCGAUCACCAACAAGCUAUCGAACCAUCUAUACAUCUCUCAAGUGCAUUUGACGAAGGCCCUGGAGCACUCGAGCUCGAGCUUGAGCAAGGGGACAAAGGCAACUAUUAUUAUACCUAUACGGGUUCUAUGAUUUCCCAUUCAGUGGACGACAGAGAGAGCUCUGCGCUGUCUCGAAAGCCCACCACCUCUACGAACCGUUCAGCACCUCACGAUCCUACAAAGAGGAUAUCCGCCGAACCGAAGCGCAUGAAUAGUGUGAGCGAAGAAGAAGGUGACUCGUUAGGAGUGCUGGAACAGAUACCUGAACCACCUUCUGACGAAUUCCUUCGUUAUUUGCCACCCUCGCAGUCUCAAGACACGCUCGUGGGCCCCGAUCCAGCAGAGUUGACAGAGUGCUCCUCCUGCAACACAGUUUUGGAAGCCUUCCGCUACGUAUGCGCGACAUGCGGACCAAGGCCUCCUCGAAGCGUUACCUCUGCUACUGAUCCCGACCCUACGAGCAAAGGAAAAGGUCGAGUCGACGGUACUAGCCCUCCGCCGCUUCCGGCACGACCGACGCUCGCUGCACCAUCCACUGCGUCUUCGAGUAGCGGGUCGCAUUCUCCGUUUACAGAUGUCAUGUCUUUACACACAUCUGACCCCUUUGCUUCACCGCAGCAUAGUCACGUACAUAAUCGAUCUCAUAGUUUCGGACGCAGUACGCAGCUGCUCCCGAAUCCCACUGCGGCCGCGCAGCUUGCUGGGCCGCAGGACCGAUCCCCUCAAGCUAUGACUCAUUUUCCUCCAUCACACUCGCCCAACGGUUCGAGUAUCUGGUCGCUGGUGGAGAGCAUCGGCCCCCCAGGGAGAUACCCUGCCUCUAUCAACACAUCGACCACCAGUUUGCAUGUCAAGCCGCUGCCCGACAUCCCACCACCCUCUCCAAUGGCUCACACGUAUCCACCACCCCGACAUAGUCCUGCGUCCUCGUUCUCGUCUACGGAAUUCCAAUCUCAGCCAUCACCGCCGCCACCAGUGCCUUUCGUCUCCAACAUGCAACAACCGUGGACACCGUUACAACCUCUAUCACCCUAUCUUCCACCACGUUCACCUCGCCAAGACUCUGGCUCACAAAAAUCCGAAUCAGUAACGACUCCGCAUGAAGGCAUAUGGCCCACCCCUACUUUUACUGGACCUUUUGGUGGUCCUGGCCCGAGCUCUAUCGGGAGCAAUGGCAGCAGUGGGCUGUCGAGCCCUGGUGGCAUCAUGCCUGCAGGGCUACUGGCUCAUAGAGCUGGCAGCACCUCGAGUUUAGAUUCGGCUGGAGGCAGGUCAUGGAAGAGGAGUAGCCCGUGGAAGAAGGGCCAACUACGACAUGCAUUCAAGGAGAAAGUCUGGGCGCCAGGUGGCUGGAUAGACGUCGAGCACGAUGAAAUCUCAAAAUGUACGACAUGUGGGUCUGGCUUGACCUCGGAACGAUACAAAUGCGCGACUUGCCUGAACAUGGUUGUCUGUCGCGGUUGCUACAGUCAAAUUCACGAAAUUCACCCUAUCCACGCGUUUGUAGUACUCCCCGAGAUGAAGAAAAAGGCAUCGGAGCCUGUGGAGGAAUCAGGAGAGCGCUCUCUUCUUCACGAUGGACUCACGUGUUCACAUUGCCUGAUGGAGAUAGUUGGUGCAAGAUUCCACUGUGCCAUCUGUCCGAGCGUGGACAUUUGCUCCAAUUGCGAAUCUGCUGGGUUGCCUGGUAACUUGACGUCUCCAGACGGUGGGCACGACUCGUCGCAUAUCAUGAUCAAGGUACCUUUUCCCCUGACCUCAAGUGAGGUGGAUCAGGCGAGCCGUCGAGCACUUUUACUCUGGACGGGACGUGAUGGUCCGAAUCUACAGUCGGUCCGUGGUGUACAAGGGGAUAGUGUCGGAAGUAUUGGAUCUGGAGGCAGCCCCUCUGGCGAUCCCUAUGCUGAUACUGUGAUUGGCCUUAAUGGCGCAGCAGCAACCGACGGUCCUCAUGGAGGGAUGCAAAAGAUGGACCACGGCAUCAAUUGUAAGGGGUGCAGGAACAACAUUAUGGGCGUACGGUAUCAAUGUGCCUGCUGCCCAUCCCCAGAUGGGGAGGGAUAUAGCUUGAACUGCGAGGCACGAAGCUAUCAACUCCACGAUCCCAUGCACUGCUUUUUCAAAAUACCUCGACCCGUCGAUCGAAAAAUUCAGGAGGACGACGCUCUCUUGCCCCCUGUGUACAUUCUCGCGGCUGGAGAGAGUUUGGACGUGCUCCCUCCAGAAGCGAUGAGCGACCCCCGAGCAUAUCUACAAACCAUUGUUCAUCGCGUUGCAUUGUGCGACCGCUGUAUCCAGCGAAUAUCUGGUGAAUGGUAUCACUGCGCGUAUUGUGCGAAGGAUCUGUGUGAUGAAUGCGAGGCCAUGGACUCGCAUGAUGCUAGCCAUCUCUUCGUCGUAUUUAAGAGUGUGGUUGAUAUGGCUAUCUCUACGAACUCUGACUGA